AAGACGCAGUCAUAAAGGGAGAGCGGGCGAGUGAACGCGCUGCAAGUGAAGUGCGCUCCGCUGCGGCUAUCCGCGAUCGCCAACCUCAUCAAUGAGCUUCUUUAGACUCACAUUCAAGUGCUUUGUCGACUGCUUCUGAAAAAAACAGAAAGAACAAAGAAAGAAAUAGCGAAAUUUUGCAUUUUUAUUUAUUUUAAGGUUAAAUAACUGUAAAUAGCUGUCUGCAUCGCAUUCAAUGAUGUCGCCGGAGCUCCAGCAUCCCGAGGCAGAAGGCAGUGUGCUCAAGAAAGAGGAGGCAGACAGCAAUGUGGAGGUCGUGCCCUCACUGGGUGGAGAGGCAGCGAUGGCCAGGCCAGAGAGAGAGACCUGGACCAGUCAGAUGGACUUCAUCAUGUCGUGUGUGGGCUUUGCAGUUGGACUGGGCAAUGUCUGGAGGUUCCCAUACCUGUGCUACAAGAACGGAGGAGGGGUCUUUUUAAUUCCUUAUCUGCUGAUUGUGUUUGUUGGUGGUAUCCCUGUGUUCCUCCUGGAGAUUGCACUCGGUCAGUUCAUGAAGCAAGGUGGCAUCGCAGCGUGGAACAUCGCACCUCUCUUUAAAGGGCUGGGCAUUGCGUCAAUGGUGAUUGUCUUCUUCUGUAACACCUACUAUAUCAUGAUCCUCGUCUGGGGUCUGUAUUAUCUGUUUCACUCCUUCACGGACAUGCUGCCCUGGGCCACUUGCGGCAAUCCUUGGAACACAAACAACUGCACCCAAGUUUUCCAUGCUGGCGACUGUGGCAACCGGACCGUUAAUGACAGCUGUGAAGAUUCCCUGGCCCAGCGCUCACCUGUCAUGGAGUUUUGGGAAAACAACGUGCUGCAAAUCUCAAAGGGGCUGGAUGAGCCAGGGGCCAUCAACUGGAAGAUGACCUUGUGUCUCCUGGCCACUUGGUUGACUGUCUACUUCUGCAUCUGGAAAGGGGUGAAGUCGACAAGGAAGGUGGUCUAUUUCACAGCGCUCUUUCCCUAUGUUGUUCUUGUGGUGCUUCUUGGCCACGGAGUCACUCUGCCCGGAGCUCUGGAUGGCAUCGUUUAUUAUCUGAAGCCUGAUUGGUCAAAGCUUGGGGAGGCGCAGGUGUGGAUUGAUGCAGGCACUCAGGUCUUCUUCUCGUAUGCCAUUGGUUUAGGAGCUCUCACAGCUCUGGGCAGCUAUAACCAUUUUCACAAUAACUGCUACCGGGACGCGUACAUCUUGGCAGCGAUCAACAGUGGAACAAGCUUCUUCGCUGGAUUUGUGGUCUUCUCUGUGCUGGGCUUUAUGGCAGCAGAGCAGGGGGUGGAUAUCUCCAAGGUGGCGGAAUCUGGCCCAGGACUAGCUUUCAUCGCUUACCCAAAGGCUGUGACUCUGAUGCCCUUUGCCCCCGUCUGGGCUGCCCUUUUCUUCUUCAUGCUGCUCAUCUUGGGUCUGGACAGCCAGUUUGUUGGUGUUGAGGGCUUCAUUACGGGAAUAAUGGACAUGCUGCCCCCUACAGCAGUGAGGACUGUGCGGAGGGAGAUUGUCGUGGCUAUUUGCUGUCUAAUCUGCUUUAUCAUUGAUCUCUCCAUGGUCACUGAGGGUGGCAUGUAUGUGUUUCAGCUCUUUGACUACUACUCUGCAAGUGGCAUGACGCUUCUGUGGCAGGCAUUCUGGGAGUGUGUGGUCAUUGGUUGGGUCUAUGGUGCUGAUCGCUUCCUGGGGGACAUUGCACACAUGAUUGGAUAUCAGCCACUGCCUUACAUGAAGUGGUGCUGGGCUUUCCUCACUCCUCUGUUGUGUAUGGGAAUCUUCCUUUUCCAUACAGUGAAUUACCAGAGGCUGACCUACAAUUCAUCAUAUGUCUACCCGUGGUGGGGUGAGGCCCUUGGUUGGUGUCUAGCACUCUCCUCCAUGAUGUGCAUCCCAAUCACUGUGGUGUUCAAGCUGCUGAGGGACAAGGGCUCGCUGCGAGAGCGCUGGCAGCACCUUACCACACCCAUCUGGGGACACCACCAUCUUGGGUACUGCACAUCUGAAGCGGAGGUCAAGCUGCUACCUCCACCCAUCCAAGAGAAGUCCACUCGGCUCUUUGAGAGUGUCAUCUAGGGGAGCGUUUCAGACACCAUAAGCAGAUUUUAAUCUUUUCUAACUACACUUUCUGAUCACAAUGCCCAACAUUUUUUCACUAAACAAAGCAAAAGCAUUUGCCACCCAACCAUAAGAGUGUACGUGAUUGAGUCUGUUUUGGUGCCUGUAGUGCAGCACAAGCAGACUUUAUGCACAAUCUGAUCUUUGCAGUGUUAACUUUAACAACCCCUGACCCUCAGAUUUCUCCCGACUCAGCGGGCUGGCAUAGUCUGCCAGGGCAGCCUGCUCCUUCCUCUACUGUCGUGUGCCAAGUUUCAUUUAGUAUUUUCUGUGCAAACUGUGAUUGUGAGCCAACAGUAUUCUGAGCUCAUCUCUUUCAUUAUGACUUCUUCACUCUGUGUUGCUGUGAGUUUUAAAGGGGGUGUGAAAUGGAUUUAGGAAAAUAAAAGCAGAAAGGUUGGAGUCUCCACAGAUAAAUUAAUUAAAUAUUAAAAAAUGGAGAUCCAAUUAAAUAUUAAAAAAUGGAGAUCCUUCUUUCACAGGAGACAUUAGAAAUGAGAUAUGCCAAAGAUGGUCCUGAGUGCAAAUGGUAGGAAAUUAGAAGUAAAAGGCGAGGGUGGUCUAAUCUGACAAGACAUUAAAAACGGAGAAAGUUAAGAGUGUAAAGGGCACCUGGAUUAGGAAAUAGGGAUUGUGAAGGUGAGCCCAGUGGCGAGAAAUGGGCAACAGGAGUCAGAAAUAAAAAUGAUGGGCAGGAUAGUUCUCAUGCAAAGGGAAGUAGAUGGAGUUGGAAAGCAGCAGUGAAAAGGCCCAAAGUAAUACCAGCAUGGCUCACGGCUGCCAUAGCAGAUAUCUGAGACUUUCCAUUAAGAAACGAAGACCUGGAUUCACCAUGACUUGCCAUUCUUGUAGAAAAGUGCCAUAUUGUAAUGUUUUUCCUGGUAUUCAAUGUCUGGUUGUGUUAAAUAGAUGUGUGACCAUUGCUUCAGGUCAAAUGAUAAUUCAACAAAUAAAGGAAUUUGAACAGAA